UCUCUCUUUCUCUCUGUGUGUUCAUUCAGAACUCAGUUGAUGAGGACAUCACAUGUCUGUCUCUGUCUCUGUCUCUCACUCAUUAACUCUCUCUACAUUGAGUCAUGUCCAGUCUCAGUUUUCUUUCUGUGUAUUUGAGCGGAGCCUCAAUGAUCCUGCUGCUGACGGCUGUGUCUCAGGCUCAGGACUACGACUUCACUCCUGCUCCGGACUACGACUCGGACUACAACGCCACCUUCGAGUACAGCUUCUACAGCAACAGCAGCAGUGAGGACCUGGAGAAGUUCAGUGAACCGUUCAUCGAGAGCGACGACGUCCCGAACAGCUCAUCACUUCCUGUUCCUCCAGCCAUCAGGACACUCUUCUGGACCCUGAUGAUCAUGAUCAGUGUGAAUCUGCAGCAGCUACAACACACACUAUGAGAGACACACUCAGCAGUCCAAUCAGACCGGAGGUGGGAGGAUCCUGGUGGAGCUCAGCCAAUCACAGACCUUUAUCAGAAUGUUUCUGAUAAAUAUGAAAACUUAAUCACAUGUUUUCACAGCUUAUCACUUUUUUAUUUGAGGCAGUACUGAUUUAAGUAUUAAUAUUCAUACAUAAUAGGAAUGAGCUUCCAUGUUUAUAUUUUCUGAGGAUAAAUAUCUAAUAAACCUGACGGGGAAACGAACCAUCGAAUCUAAAUGUGUUGAAACCAGCAGCACUCUGGAAACCAGCAGCACUGUGGAAACCAGCAGCACUGUGGAAACCAGCAGCACUGUGGAAACCAGCAGCACUCUGGAAACCAGCAGCACUGUGGAAACCAGCAGCACUGUGGAAACCAGCAGCACUCUGGAAACCAGCAGCACUGUGGAAACCAGCAGCACUGUGGAAACCAGCAGAACUCUGGAAACCAGCAGCACUGUGGAAACCAGCAGCACUGUGGAAACCAGCAGAACUCUGGAAACCAGCAGAACUCUGGAAACCAGCAGCACUCUGGAAACCAGCCUCUCUUCCCAGUUUAUCUGAGUCUGGUUGUUCUUGGGAUCUUUUAAUCUGAAGUUCAGAGGUUCAUCACUUCCUGUUGAUAAAUCCCAGACAAAGAAAAUAUGUUUUGGGGAAAAGUUCACAAAUUUGACAGUAAAUUAGAGAAUUGUUACUGAAAGAUAGAAAUAAAAAAAAGAUUGAGCGAUUUUCUAUCCACAACUGUUGUAUUGUUUAUUCAUUGUUUUGUUUUUUCAUUAAAAUAUGUGAACCUUGA